CUGAGCACAUCUCUUCCCUUCGCAUUUCUCAACCCUGUUGUCAAAACCAUGUCUCCUAAGCGCGGUCCUGCUUCCGGUGGUACGAUUUUGAAACUUCGUGGUCAAUAUCUCAAUGCUGGCACCUCGGUGGAAGUCAACAUUUCAAGAGCCAAAUGCGACAUUUUGAGUCUCUCUUCAGAUCUUCUAACUUGCCAAACUCAUGACGUAGAUAAAUCUCUUCUAUCCCAUAUCACCGAAUCGGAAAGAGGAGUUGAAUGUGGAAUUUCUCUUCGUUUCGACGAAGCUCCUGUCCUUGACAUACCUUUUAGCUUCUUCUUUAUGCCUGAUCCAAAAAUCAGGACAGUUACGAAAACCUUGAUCUUUUUAAGUGGUGGCACAACUAUCCGUGUAUUUGGUCAGCAUUUAGAUAUGAUUGAACAUCCUCAGAUUGUCUUCUACCAUGAUGGAAUGGAAUACAUUGAAUCUUGCCAACGAACUAUAGGAUAUCUUGCCUGUUUAAGCCCAUCGCUUGAUUUCACUGCUCGAAGAAAGAGGAACUUAAAGGUGGUUGAGUCCGGUACCACAAUUAGACCUAUCACAAAUCCUUUGGUUUUCUCCAAGCUCUUGGCGUAUGAACACGACGAUGAAAUGGUAAUUAAAUCAGCGGACCAAACCGGGAAGGCUCUUCUUGUUACCUAUGGAUUCCUCAUGGAUAAUGUUACUGAUUUACUUGUCUUUGGUGUCUUCCCUGUUUAUCCAGAUCCGGAAAUCUUUCCUUUCACAAAUGGACGUCUAGUGGAAUCAUUUUCGCCUUCUUCGCUUAUUGGACUGCCAAAAGAACCUUCUAGUACCCCUCCUACAGCCGUUGAACGCCCAAAAUUUCUGAAUUCAACAUCGAGUGAGAACUCACCAUCCUUACAUAAUCGCCACUUGCUUCGUUUCCAUGGUAACUUUGGAGCGUUGGCGGAGGUUUCCGAUUCUCAUGCUUUGGAUGAGCUCUCAAUUAAUGUGAUUACUCAAGCUGGAGAAAAUGGGACAAUUAGAGUCUGUAAACCCACAAUAGUGAAACCAGAUGAGAUUCGAUGUGAAUUGAAUCGAAAGGCGCUGGUUGAAGGAGUGGACUAUCCCGUCUUCAUUCAAUUUGGAAAGUACCUAGUAGCUCAACCCGGUGUCCUUCAAUUCAAACGCGUAGCUCCUCCUGGAGUUCGUGAUCGUGCCGUAAUUGUAGCCUGUUCCGUAAUUGGCGUCCUGGCAUUAAUCGCUUGCCUCUUUCUUGCCAUGUGGUUCCAUUCACGUAAAACGGAACGCGAUCUUGAAAAGCGCUUCAAAAAUCAGUGGAUUGAACAGGAAAAGUGCGUAGCUCGGGCAUUCAAAAACGACUUUAUCGAACUUCAAACGCACGUGGAUGAGUUGGUUCAGGUCUUGAACAAAGGCAGUCUACCAAUUCGAGACUAUCAAACUUAUUGUCUCUUCUCAUUAUUUCCAGAAUACCAUCUUAGUCUUGUUCGACCAGCUAAUCCCCAUGACAUGCUGCCAUAUCUUCCAAAACAAAGUGUUGGCGUUCUAAAGAGCUCACUCAUUAAAGGAGCCACCCCACUUCAACCACAUCCACUUGUUUCCUCUUUCAAAGUCUCAGCUAAUGUUCAAGAAUCGGCGGACCGGGGUAUUUACUUGUUUAAUCGGCUCCUGCACGAUCGCCGUUUCCUUUGUCUCCUAGUCGAUACAAUCGAAUCGAAUUGCAACAUAGAUGCCCGUGCAAAAUCACAGAUUGCUUCCCUUCUUUCAAUUAUUUUCCACCCCAAUAUGGAGUACUUCACCCAGAUAAUUCUUUCUCUGAUAACUGAUCUCCUGCGUAAUUCUCGUGAUCAUGGUGGAGAUAGUCGCUUAUUAACUGCAUUUAGACGCGCAGAAUCAGUAGUUGCUAAAAUGCUUUCUAAUUGGCUCACAUUUCUUCUAUACAACUUCAUUAGAGAACAUGCUGCGGAACACCUGUUUAUUUUGUAUCGCGCACUUAAACAACAAAUCAAUACAGGACCACAGGACGCCGUUACAGGACUUGCUCGAUACACCCUCGACGCUGCAACGCUCCUGAAAAGCGAUCUCCUCUCUCGACAAAUAACUCUUUUGGUUGUCGAUCCAGAAGAUCUAUUCGGUCAGCUCUGUCCAGCAGAAUUGCAAGUUCGAGUACUCUUGUGCGAUACUGUGACUCAAGUAAAAGAAAAGAUCCUAGACACCAUCUAUCGAAACACUCCAUAUAAGAACCAGCUUCGACCUACUGAUGUUUAUUUGAGUAAGGCAAUCAUUGAUGAAACUAUUUCUAUGUUUGACUUAGUCGGAAAAAUUGUCAAGACAUUUGGAGAUGGCAGGGAAUCUAUUGAUUUGCUCAUGAUGGAUUGGGACCUCGAAGUAAGAAGAGAUACCCCAAAUGCAAGUCUCGACGGUCCUCCUUAUCGGCUCAACUGUCUCAGUGAUUACAAGAUGAAUGACGGUGAUGUUCUGGCCUUGGUUCGGGCAAGGGGUCCUUCGAAUGGGAGUGGUACUUUGCCUGGUGCUCUAAACAUUUGUCCAGAAGUUGACUCCUGGGGUGUUCAUAGUUGUCCGCCGGCAACUGGCGCCAGAUUUCCACUCCCUCUCCAUCAUUAUCAUCAUCUCACCUCAACACCACUUUCCAACGGACCUUAUGAGCAAGUCCAGAUUGAACGCGGUGGUCGAACAUGGAAUGAAGGCCAUAAAGGCAAACCGCCUCUCUGUUGUGGUUGUUUACCGAAUUCCCGAGAGAAAUCUCAGCGGUCUCCUUCAGCUCUUCCAUCUUCCUUGACUUCCACUCAACAACAGCCAUUCGGCGAUGGUCUCGAUGCACGCAGUUUGCGUCGCUGGCUGGCGUCUGGGACGGAUUGUAAUAGUGCCACAGAACGGGUACAAGUUUCACAAGGAUCCUUUCUCAGAAACGGUGGAGUUAGGAGAACACGCCAUGCGAAGAAAAGGCUCUUCAGGAGGUUUGGCAGUGCUAGUACUCCAGAAACGAUGGAAUUGGCAACAAAUUGGGCGGAGGAACAGGAUGAUGCCAUUGAUCGUCCGAUGACAAAGUUACCUUGUGAAAUAUUUCUCAAUCGAUUGCUCCGAACUCGAAGGCUUAAUAGCGUUAAAUUUGAUAUGGGACUUGUUAAUGUGAAGCUGGAGCCAAUUGGAUUGAAACCAGUUUCAGUCGCAAAAUACAUGGACAGGGUAUUUGAAUUAAUAUUUGGAGCAGUUAUAGACUCUCAAAGUGCUCCUCUCUGCAUCAAAUUUCUAUUCGACUUCCUAGACUUCCAAGCUGAAUCUCUGGGAAUCCAUGAUCCUGACGUUCUACACGCAUGGAAAGCCAACUGUCUCCACUUGAGAUUUUGGAACCAAAUAUUGAUUAAUCUCGAUUAUGUGUUUGACAUUCCAUUGCUGCGAAAUACCGCGUUGGAGAGGUCAUUCCAUUCUUUCAGUCAAGCCGUCACCUAUGCAUGCUCACCGGUUCUUGACAAGGUUACCAUGGACUCGCCAAUUAAUAAAGCACUUUUCUCUAGCGACAUCGAGGCCAUGCCACCUAUCUCCCUACGGGACAUGAACUUUUCCCUUGCUCAACACUCUAAAAAUCACAAGAACGACUUCAAUGUCUCAUGGGCACUCUACGAACUCUACACUCGCCAUGUCAAACUCUGCUAUGAUACUCUUGUUUCAGAGCUUGAAACUAUGAUUGCAGCAGGAACUAUGCCAGCUGCAAAUAUCUUACACAACGCAAUGGGAGACGCCGAUAAAUACUCCUAUUCUGACGGCAGUGGUAGCCUUCAUGGUGGGGCUGGUCUCUCACAAUCUCGGAAUGUCAACUGGGACCCUCUCUCUUUACUUCAGUCCCUCAAAGAGGUUGAUUCCUGCAUGACCACUGUGACAGCCUCCACAACAAUAUAUAACAAUGAGAAAGCCUCGACCUUGAGAUCAACGAACUCAGCAACCAAUAGCCCACUCUUUGAUAAUCAUUCACGUCAUCAUCCAACGAAUGGGAAUGGAACAGGAGGAGAUGGUUGUAGUGGGAUCAGUGGCUCGACACUGCGAUCUGUGGUACCACAUUCGGAGCGUCGUCUUCCUCCUUUGCCCUCUUUACCAUGA